AUGUCCACAACCAUAUCCAAUUCAGCCAAAAGCAACCCCAAACAGGGCGCAGCGCUCGCCUCCCCGCCCCGCUUCUCCCCGCCGCCGAAAAGGCCUGAGAAGCAGCAGGCAGCUGGAGGCCGUGGAGGCGCGGAGGCCGAGGCCAUCACCAAAAAGAUUUUUCUUACAGUAUCUGCAACUUUGAAUACCAGUAUGUUCACUGAACAGCAAAGGGAGAAAAUUACCAUGAUAUGUCCAAAUUUAAGAAGAGAAAGAAAUCCUGGUAUUGAUGACUCUGAGACACUGACCGGUGAUUAUACAGAUAUUGAAAAAGUGUAUCACUACUUUAAGGAUCUCAUUGCAGGCACUGACCAACGCCAUGAUUUUUCACAUUCUGAAAGUAAGAGUGAUUUGAAAGGUGAAAAAGGUCUGAAUACUGAAGAAGCGCUUCAAGUUCCGACAGCUCUCUACGAAUACUUCAGUCAUGCCUGCAAAGAACAAAUUAAAGAGCUAUGUGAACGUUUUGGAGUGGGUAUAAAAAGUAAAGACGGUGACAGUGGAAACACAUCCAUAUGCUUCACUUCUGAUACAAGCCCCACAUCAGUACAGACAGCUAGAGAUUUUUUUAUCGGGGUUUUUCAGAAAAAUGUAGCAGAUCUGAAGCAGGAUACAAUUCCCUUAACAAACAGUAGCCAGUUAAAUGAGAGAAUAAUGCAAUUAAAUGCUAGGUUUAGUAAUCUUCUUGCCAAACAGGAAGGGAACCGAUUGCUACUCCGUGGUCCAAUAAGUGAGAUUUCAGCUGCCAAAAAAUUUCUAGCAGAGGAAAGUGAGAACAGCCAAGCUAAAAAGAAUAUAAAUAUAUCAUCUGAACUUUACAAAUAUAGGAAUGGAAUUGAAGUUGAUGCUUCUGAGUUUAAACUGUUGGAAACAGUAUUAAAUAAAGAAAUUGAAGAUAUUAAACAAAAUUUUGACACUGUAGUGGAAAAGAGAGACAGUUCACAUGGCCAGAAGGUGGUCAUCAUAUUUAGGCCUAGGAUCAAAAUUUUUGAUCUGUCUUCACACGCUACUGAAAGUUUCAUCAAUGCAUUUCAGAAUGCCUCUGCAAUGCUAAAAGAAAAAGUCAUCAGCUCGAAGCUUUCAGAAGAUCGUAAAAAAAGAUUAAAUAUGCUUCUUGAUGGAAAACAAUUAGAAAAUCAGCAUAUAAAAAUUAAGAAGAAGGAAGACAAAUUUGUUUUAUGUGGUUUACCAAAGCAUCUCCAUGCUGCUGAAAGGCACAUUAUGAGCCUUCUUGACAUUGAAGACUCUGCACAAGCUAAAAAUAGGACAGCACUGGCUUCUGAUCUCAGCCAUCAAGAAGCUUCGAGAGUGUCUGAGAUGAAAUACAGUAGUAAGCAAAAGAAUGAUUUUUCUUCCAAAGAACAAGCUAAGCCAAAGACAGAGGAUGAAGGACAGGACAAAGAUAUGUGUCCUAUUUGCAGGGACAGAUUUAACAAUAAGGAAGUACUGACAAAGUGCAAACAUGCAUUUUGCAGAAGUUGCAUUCAACAAGCAAUGACUUACAAGAAAGCUUGUCCUGUUUGUAAUACCUGCUAUGGGCUCAUGCAAGGAGAUCAACCAGAAGGAGCAAUGUUAUUUAGAACCAUUCGAGCCCAACUCCCUGGUUAUCCCAGAUGUGAUACUAUUGAGAUUACUUAUGUUAUGCACAGUGGUAUUCAAACUAACAACCAUCCAAACCCAGGAAAACCUUAUGAUGGAACCACUCGAAGAGCGUAUUUACCUGACAAUAAGGAAGGACAAGAAAUUCUGCAGCUCCUUAGAAGAGCCUUUGACCAAAAAUUAAUUUUCACAGUGGGGCAGUCACGUACUACUGGCGCACAAGGUGUUAUCACAUGGAAUGAUAUUCACCAUAAAACGCAAAUGGAUGGAGGACCUACCAAUUUUGGUUACCCUGAUCCUAAUUACCUGCAGCGGGUUCGAUCAGAACUGAAAGCAAGAGGAAUUGAGUAAAGAAUCCUAUCAGCUCUCUGCCUUUAAAUGUAAUAACGGAACAUAUAGCAGUUAAUCUACUAUUUAAGGACUAAGAAGAAAGAAGUUACUUUGUUCAGUUGCCAUACUUCCUUUUUAAAAUCGCCAAAUUUAUUUGUAUAAAUACAAAUAAAUUGUAUUUCAUAGUUAGCUGAAGAAAAGUAAUCUGUUUUGGUCACAAGAUAUAUGUCCUUUUUACAAACCUUUUACUUGCUUGAAUCAUGCUUUCUUAUAUAAGUAACAUGCAGAAUUUGGGUCUUCUGAGUGCAGCAUCAGUAUUUCUUGAUACUCUUUUAUUAUUUCAUGAUUGAUUAUGUAUCAGCAUUGAUUUGCUAAUUGAUAGAAUUUAAGGAAAUUGAAACUUUACAGAUUUGCAUUGAAUUCAGCAAAAACUUUGGCUGCAAAUGCAGAAGAAGAUACUUGGAAAACUUUAAGACAUGCUUCAUCUUUUUCUAGCUAAAAUGCUUCAGAAGAUGCAAAACAUUUCUAGAUUAGAACGCUCAUUUUGAUUUGUAAAUGUAAUUUUUAAAUUACCCAUUUUUUUUUAGGAAAGAGGUUAAACUUGUUUAACCUGAAACUAAUUAGGUAAUUUCCAAUCAAAUUAAAUAUUUCUGAUUGACAUAAAACCAAAUACCAAGCUAUAUAUCUUUUUCUGAUUUUACCAGUGAAUCUGAGGUUCAUUUUUUCCCUAAAGUCUUCAGUGUGGCCACCAAAUGACGAAGCUAUUACUGGCUUUUCUUUAAUCAAACACUUAGCCUUUACACUACAUGCACUACAGCUUUUACAACUGUCAUCGUGGAUAGGAUCAUAUAGCCAUCUGCUGGAAGAUAUUUAUGUAGUUGUUACCAGUUGUAUAUAGCUAAGAACUUUUGCUUCUUUCCCUUUUCAGGGAGAAAAUGUCAUUAGCGAUUUGGGUUUUAAAUGUGAAAUUAGCAUGAAUAAUGUUGUUGUAUGAUGGGGUAUGUGGAUGCUGCUGGAUUUUUAACUCUGUGCAGAAAUGCUGGAUGCUCAACGCCUCAUUGGAGCAAAUGGAAAGCAUCAGUGCCUAUGACCAGCUCUGAUAAAGAGGCCCUGGUUCUGAGCACUUCAUUGUGUUUAAGCUUAAAUAUAACUUUUAAGUCAACUUUGCAUGUAACAACACUAUAUUUUUCCCAUUGCUUUCAAAUAUGGUUUAAAUUUUAUUAUAAAGAUACUUUGCUGCUACUCCAUGCUGUCUAAAUCACCUGCUCCUUGUGUUUGUGAUGUUGUAAAAUGAGUAGCUUUGACUUAAAGCAGUUGAUAAUUGCUAGUGAACUACAAAAUGUCCAUAGGCUAUUGAACAAGGGUAAAAAUAUCAUCUGCUCAAUUACAUUCCUCUUUGUAAGUUCCUUAAAAUUCCUCCUGUUUUAGAUAGUAGAGUUCUGUAAUUUUUAAGAGCUUCCAAGACACCUCUCCAAAGUGAUUUGGACUCAGUGACUCUUAAGAUUCCCACAUUGUUAAUAGGCAAUACUACUCCACCACCUUGACUUUCAGAUUUCUUUGUAGUGGGUACUCUCAGGUUUCCGUUUGAAUUGGGAUGACUUUUUCCCUGUGAUUUUGUUUUACUUAAUUUAGUUUUACAUUCUCUCACUGUUUCAAGUUUCUUCCAUUUUCCGUGCAGUGAGACACAAACACACUAGUUGUUUCUGCAUACUGAAACCAGCUGAGUAGCCUAAAUUCUCCCCAACUUCUUCUUUGAGUCUGUCUUUUCACUUUCUAUCCCAACCAGUUUACCCACAUCAGACGUCUAACUAAAAAGUCACCUGCUUAUCUUUUAUCUGUAGUAAGGUUUUAUAGGCUGAGGGCUAACAUAGGAGUGGAAGAGUCCUAACUGCUGUCACUUCAAGUUCCCAAACCUUCAUCCUAUAACCAUAGCUGCACAGUUCAGGAAUAAAUCUAUUUUGCAAUCAAAGUCAGUUAUUUUGCCUGGGGACAGUGAGGGAAGAAAGCAUGUGACUGUAACUAACUGCUGAGAGAACAGUGCUUUAGGAAACAGAUUUAUCACGCACCAAGAAACAAAGGAAUUCUGGUGGAUCCACUCAAGCUGUGUGUCUGGUAACACAGCAAAUCCAUCCACAUUUAUGGUAUUUAAUGAUAUCUGGUUAUUAACCAAUGUUUCUUUAAUGAACUUUCAUUGAAGAGUAGGGGAAAAUAUUUUCAUUUUUUUAUCGCACUAUUUUAAGUGCCAAGUUUCUCAUAUGUGGGCGGAGUAGUAAAAACAUGCAGCAAAAAUAGCCAGUUAGAAACCAAAACCUUAAGAAUUCAACCGCCAUAAUAGUUUAUUUCACGGGAAGUUCUGAACUUUCAGUAGAAAGUUUCUCAGCUAGGUUAAAUGUUGGUCAGGAGGAAAAUCUUCCCUUGCAGCCUUGACUAUUUUUAGUAGUACUUCCUACAGAGAAUUGUGAAAACAAGAUAAUUGUAUUUUGCAGCAUAAUCUGAAAAUGUAGUGCAUAAAAGACCAAAUUUGCUACUACCUAAAAUCCCUGUUUGGUAUUAUCCAAAAUCCCUGACUGCUCUAAACUCAGACAUUGAAAACGCUGUUAUGUUUGAAAUCGGCUCACUGCCUGGCUCGAAGAGGGUACAGUGCCACACUGAUUUAUGCAA